GAAGAGGAUCACUGGACAACUAGCGGUCAAUCUACGAGUAUCUCUUAGAACUGUUCUACGAACACACAAUCCUAAACAUCAUGAAGACUGCUGUGGUAUUCGCACUUUUGGUCGGUGUAGCUGUUGCACAGUUGGGAGCUCCCGCUGCUCCAGCUGCUCCAGCUGCCGGUGCCCCUGCAGCUGGGGCCACUGGCAACCCCGGCAACCCGUGGGGACCGAGGGCGUACGGCAUGGGCCUCAACAACCCCUGGGCCAUCCCCGUAAACCCCUUCCUGAUGCGUCGAGCCCUCGCCCUCGUUAACAGCGUUCCCGGCGCUCUCGUCCGUGUCGAUGUCGACGGAGAAGUCGCCAUCACCAACCAGUUCGGCCAGGAGGUCGACAUCCUUGACGGCUUCGGCAACGAGGUCACCGAACUCUUCGAUUAACUCCAAUCAUUAGACUUUAUAGAAAUUGUACAGAGUAAAAAAGACUGUGAUCUCAGCAUGGCUUUUCCAUUGGCGCCAAUCUGUUGGAAAAUUGGCAGGAUUUCCCGGCUCGUUUCAAAUAAUUUUCGGCUGUUAACUGACAUCAAUCAAAAUCGUUGACUUCAUCAAUCUUGGAAUGCCUGUGAGGUCAUUGAGUCUACUAAGAUUUAUUCUGUUAUGCCAAGGGCGCUUGCUGGAGUAUCAUUGUACAUAAAUAUUCCUUUUUCUGUGAUCAAAUAUUCCUGUCAUAUUAUAGCGUAUUGUUUGCGAUGGCAGUUACUUCCACCGCAGUGUAGCCUCUCAGUUCUUGAGCCUAGCUUUUGCGCACUUAAAAUUGCAGUAGCCGAACAUUCGCUGUUUACACGGCGAGUCUGCGGCGCGCACGAUGUUUAAUGCGCAAUGUUGGGGCGAGAACAAGAGGAGUACUGGUUGUCCUACGUCAAACUGUCAUCCUUAAAGCUAGAAAAUGUUUCACCUUUUGCCCGAGUUCUGAUAUUAAUUUAUUGGAAUUCAUUGCUCAGUGACA